UAUAUUUGGCAAGAGGCACAGAAAAUAAAAAACAAAAUUCAAAAUCCGAAUUUUUCUCUCAUCAGCCUCCUCGUUUCUUCACCCACAGGAGAGAGAAAAUCUGAGAAUUCACCUUCUCUCUCUCUCUACAGCAACUUCGCUUAAAGAAGACGAAACAAUCUCUCUCCUUUACGGUCUCACCAUCUCUCUCUACCAUCCAUCUCCUAGCAAAGCUCAAGCCAAAAAGGAAGACGAGAGAAGAAGAAGAAGAAGAAGAGAGGAGAGGUUACAAUAAUAAUAAUAAUAAUAAUGAUUUAUUCUUCUUAUUAUUAUGUCUCCAGCCAUGUGAGCUCCCACUGACACAUUCUCUGCAUCUUCGGAAGUUUUGUUUAGUUUGAUUCCCACCGAUUCUGUGACCGAGUCGCCGGGUUUUAGCAGCGAGUUGACUUCCUCCCUCUCCUCGAGGGUUAGUGGAUGGCUGCUUCAUCGUCAUCCAGAACUAGAAGCAGUAGACCUCCAAGUCCCGCUUCUUCUUCGACUUCUUCUUCUCAUCUUAGCAACAACAACCGUCUCGCACCUCCUCGUUCUUCCUCUACCUCUGCUUCCUCAUUGCUUAACUCCGCCUCCGGAAUCGGCUCCCGAUCUAUGACGCCUAGCCGCACCUUCUCCGACUCCGGCCUAAUCGGCUCCGGGAGCUUUGGAUUCGGAUCGCCUGUACCUUACCCCUCUGAGGAGCUUCUCGGUGAGCCUAUGGAGGAGACUAUUACCUCUGAGCGGGAUAGUAUCUCCGUAACCGUUCGUUUUCGACCAUUGAGUGAUAGAGAGUAUCAAAGAGGAGAUGAAGUUGCUUGGUACCCUGAUGGCGAUACAUUGGUCAGGCACGAGUACAAUCCUCUCACAGCUUACGCAUUCGAUAAAGUUUUUGGACCACAAGCAACUACUAUAGAGAAAUUGAGAACGAAGAGUUGAAGCUAGAACACGUGCAAAUCGUGGAAGAGAACAGUGGGCUACGAGUACAAAAUCAGAAACUAGCUGAAGAAGCUUCAUAUGCUAAGGAGUUAGCCUCUGCUGCUGCUGUUGAGCUGAAAAAUCUGGCUAGUGAAGUAACAAAACUCUCACUACUAAACACAAAACUCGAAAAAGAAUUAACAGCUGCAAGAGACUUGGCUCAAACGCGUAAUCCCAUGAACGGAGUAAAUCGCAAGUAUAAUGAUGGGGCAAGGUCCGGAAGAAAGGGAAGGAUUUCUUCAAGUAGGUCAAGUGGAGAUGAGUUUGACUCAUGGAAUCUAGACCCAGAAUCUCUUAAAAUGGAGUUGCAAGUAAGGAAACAGCGAGAGGUGGCUCUUGAGUCUGCACUAGCAGAGAAAGAGUUUAUAGAAGACGAAUACAGGAAAAAAGCAGAAGAGGCAAAGAGAAGAGAGGAAGCUUUAGAAAACGAUUUGGCAAACAUGUGGGUACUUGUUGCCAAGUUGAAGAAAGACAAUGGUGCAUUGCCUGAACCCAAUGUCACUGACCCUGCAAGAGAAUUAGAGAAGAGUCAAAGCAAUGCGGUUCUGAAAGAGAGACAAGUCUCGAGUGCACCGAGACAACCUGAAGUAGUAGUAGUAGCUAAAACCGAAGAGACACCAAAAGAGGAACCACUCGUUGCUCGUCUCAAGGCACGAAUGCAAGAAAUGAAGGAGAAAGAGAUGAAAUCGCAAGCGAAUGGAGACACAAACUCUCACAUUUGUAAAGUAUGUUUCGAAUCUCCCACUGCAGCAAUUCUACUCCCUUGCCGUCAUUUCUGCUUAUGUAAAUCAUGUUCCCUUGCUUGCUCUGAAUGUCCAAUUUGCCGCACAAAGAUUUCUGAUCGGCUCUUUGCAUUUCCGUCUUAACCAAUCAAAGGUCUCCAAGAACUGGUGGUGAAGCCUGUUGCUAUAAAUAUUUGGAGGAGAAAACAGGCUGGGAUUUUUUAAUUAGUUUUUGGCUCUUUUGUAUGUAAUAUUUAUGUCAUAUCAUCAGUCUAUGCUUAUAUUAUAUAUAAUUUUAUCAUUUAAAAUGGGGAAAAAUUAAAAACAUAAACGUGUGUGUGAUGGACAUGUCUUCAUUUUUCCUCUGCCAAAUAUAUUGACACUCCGGUAGUUUAAUUAACGACCGAGAUUGUUUUGAGAAUAUA